GCGCUGUAGACGUUUCUGAUUGAUCACAUGGUAACUACUUACCUAUUAGGAUGAGAUUUCGAUUUUGUGGUGAUUUGGACUGUCCCGACUGGGUGUUGGCAGAAAUUGCCACACUCUCCAGAAUUACUUCCAUCAAAAUGAAGAUGUUAUGCACUCAUGUCACCAAUGACAUUUUAGGAAAUCCUAUUGACUAUGAAAAGGUAAAUAAAUUAACUGCAGAUGCCAAAUAUGAAUUAGGUGAUGUAAAAGCUAGCAUAGCAGCUCUCACUUUUAUAUUAACGAGCGCAGCAAAGAAUGAAGUACAUGAAGAAUCUCUCUCCAAUGAAUUGCAACAACUAGGAUUACCAAAAGAACUGGCAGCAGCAUUAUGUAAAGUUUUUGCUGAUAAAUAUACAAAUCUUCAGAAAGCAUUAAAGGAGAAUACAUUAAGUUUGCCAAAGAUAGAGAAUACGCAGUGGAGGGUCGAUUACGUCCUGAGUUCAAGUCACUUGCGAGAAGUGAAUGAACCUUCCAUUCAACUCUGCCUGAAAACCAGAGAUCCAAACUCGAACAGCUUACAAAAAGAUUCGUUCACACUUUCUAAAGAUAAAUUUUUGGUUUUAUUACAUGAACUGAAGCAAGCUUAUAAAGCAAUGGAUGGGAUCGUAUGAUAAUUAACAUUAAAAGAAUUUCAGAAAUUGUUAGAAUAUAUAUAUAUAUCAUAAUAAUUAUGAUUAAAACUGUAAAUAAAUUAACGUUAAAAAACAUUAUUAAUUUUUAUUGUCAUAUUGUAUAUAUGGAUUUUGAGGAAAAUGAUUAAAUAAUUUCUUAAAAGUAAAUUUUACAUUAAUUACAUUAAGUGAAAUAUAAUUAAAUAUAUUUUUAAUAUAUUAUUUUUGACUAAUAAAUUGUUACAUUUAAAAAAGAAUGAUUUUAAAUUUAUUUUGAAUAAUCUAAUCUGCUUUCAUCCAAAUAAAACCCCUUAUCAUCCUGUCUGUUUUGUUGUCAAUGAUGAGGAGAUGAUUUAAUUACAUUUAAUGAAAAUAUUAUCACCAUAUCAUUUCAUCAUUAUUCUGUUAUGGUAAGAGCAGGAACAAAGACCGAGGUGUGAGAAUAAUACUGUAAUUGAGUGUGCAAUUUUAAUAAAUAAGGAAUAAGAUAAUGCAUAAACUCACAACAUAUAAUCAAAUGCACUAACAAGGGUAAUAGUAUUACCUUUAUUUAUAUUCUAAAGAAAUUCUAACUUUAAACCUUUGAUGUACUUUUUCAUUCUGAAUUUUUAUCAUAGACUUGUUAUAUAUUUUGCUUAUAAACAAGCCUGAUCGGUGAAGAAU